AGUUGGUCAAAGCGCCGGUGAUAAAAUGCAUAAGCUUAAAUCGUCUCAGAAGGACAAGGUCCGCCAGUUUAUGGCAUUUACCCAGGCUGGUGAAAGGACUGCUAUAUACUGCUUAAUGCAGAAUGAAUGGAAACUAGAAGUGGCAACAGACAACUACUUCCAGAAUCCAGACUUGUACUACAAAGAAUCCAUGAAAAAUUCAGUAGACAGGAAGAAAUUAGAACAAUUGUAUAAUCGAUACAAAGACCCACAAGAUGAAAAUAAAAUUGGCAUUGACGGGAUUCAACAGUUCUGUGAUGAUUUAAGCCUGGACCCUGCCAGUAUCAGUGUUCUGGUUGUAGCAUGGAAGUUCAGGGCAGCUACUCAAUGUGAAUUCAGUAAAAAGGAAUUUGUUGAUGGCAUGACAGACUUGGGGUGCGACACCACAGAAAAACUAAAAGCUCUAUUGCCAAGACUGGAACAAGAGCUAAAGGAUCCAACAAAGUUCAAAGAUUUUUAUCAGUUUACUUUUAACUUUGCUAAAAACCCUGGACAGAAAGGUCUAGAUCUAGAAAUGGCAAUUGCAUAUUGGAAUUUAGUCUUGUCAGGAAGGUUUAAAUUUCUAGAUCUUUGGAAUAAAUUUUUGUUGGAACAUCACAAAAGAUCAAUUCCAAAAGAUACUUGGAAUCUUCUGUUAGACUUUGGAAAUAUGAUUGCAGAUGAUAUGUCCAACUAUGAUGAAGAAGGAGCGUGGCCUGUUCUUAUAGAUGAUUUCGUGGAAUAUGCACGACCAGUAGUCACAGGAGGAAAACGUAAAGCUUCCUAACCCCAGACUUGUCAAUAUGGACUAAACGUGCACUCUGAACUGCAUUAGGUAAUGAAGAUUUGUUGACUGAUAACUGUGCAUUUUGUUGCUGGUUUCGGUGGUCAUGAUGACAUUCUGCAGACAAAACUGAAAUUCUUCCUUUCUGCCUAAAGAAAAUGAUGGCUGACUUGGCAACACUUCAAGAAUAAACUCAGAAGAUAGUCCGGGCUGUUUGUAGGCUAUUGGCUUCAACUAUUGUACUGGUUGUAUCAUAUAGGAUGUAGAUUUUGCAUGAUUUUAUACUUUGGAGAAGUUUAACUAGAGCCAUUUAUUACAGUUUUGACAGCACAGCAUGCAAUUCAGUUCGUGAUCCAAAGUGAACACCAGCAGUUACAUAAAUAAAACUGUAUUAUAUUGUACUUAUAUUAAAAGCAGUAUUUGUGGUAUAUAAAUUAAAUCCCUAAAUAAAACGUAUGCAUUAUGUUGUA